AGGAGGGUGGGAACGAGGCGUCCGGGUGGCCCCGCCCCGGAGGGGCAGGGGGCGGGGGAAGCGAAGCAUCUUGGGCCCCUCCUGCCCCUGCAUGGAGGGGACCCCGGAGUGCUCGGCGCCCGAUCUGCGGGACGUGGAAGGCAAGGUGGGGCGGAAGACGCCCGAGGGGCUGCUCCGCAGUUUGCGGGGCGAGGGAGAGCCGGUCUCUGCGCUGCUGCCGCUUCCCCGAGGAACCGAAGCCGGCCAUGGCCCCGGCCCCGGCCUCGGUCUGGGCGACAAGGUCACGGCGCUCAGGCUGGAGCUGGCUUACCUUCGAGCCACCGACGUGAAGAUCCUGCAGCAGCUGGUCACGGUGAACGAGGGCAUCGAGGCGGUGCGCUGGCUGCUGGAGGAGCGGGGUACCCUGGCUAGCCGCUGCAGCAGCCUCACCAGCAGCCAGUACAGCCUGACGGGGGGCAGUCCGGGGGCCUGCUCCCACCGGGGCAGCUGGGAGAGCCUGCCUGACCCCACCCCCACCAGCACCACAGCCGUAGACCGGCUGGACAGCGUCUCCAUCGGCAGCUACCUGGACACGCUGGCCUCAGGGGCUGAGCCCGAUGAUGAGGGGCUCUCGGAGGCCGGCCCCCGGCAUCCCCCGCCUAGCGCGGCCUGGGCAAAGGCGUCUCCCUCGGAGGAGAGGCCCUGGACAGAGGCCGACUCGGUGUCGGGGGCCAGGUUGGGGCGGAAGCCUCCUGGAGAGGAGGUCCCUGAGGAUGCCAGGACUGGCCUCGGCUACGGGGCCCACUGGUACUGGGGACAGUGCCAGGACGACGUGACGUUCUUGUAGCAGCCCCACAGGCCUCUCAUCUCCCCCGAGCCCGUCCCCUUCCUCUCAUUCUCCGACUGGGGAGACGGCAUGGGUUCAGAGAUUCCUUUUGGCUUUAAAUUUCAAUGGAAAAUCUGAAGACUUAGGGAAAGAUAAGGAGAACUAGACUCCACGAUGUUCCUCAGGCCAGCCCCGCUCUCCCCAACUCUUCCUUUGCAAGAGGCUGUCUCUAUGUCCUGUGUCCCUCCUUUGGGAAGACAGCCAGAUGGCAACCUUGGCCUAGUGAAGGCCCUGCCCGAUUUCGGAGAGGCUGGUGGGAUGGACAUCAGAGAAGGGGUAGCAUUGCCCACCCUUCCAAGCCAGCCUCCUCUGGCCGUGAGAUGGCGGUGGGAGGAGUCGGGGUGGAAGCUCCUCCCCAUUCCCUACAAAGUCACCUAGAUUUCUGGGUGGCAACUCACCUCUUCCCUGCAUCAGGGAUAGCAUCACAGUCUGUGGAUGAGGUGGGAGGCCCCAAACCCACCACCUGGGAGCUACUUCUUCCCACUGACUCAGGAUCGGGAGACCUACUGGGUCAGCAUCACCUCCUAGUGGUCAGGCUUCUCCUUGGCCUUUCUUGGGAGUGACAGACCCCUCCUUGCCAUGGGCUCCCUGGAGAUUUCCUGUCAGUGUCCUUUCCUGUUGGUCUCCACCUCCCCAGUGUUGGGAAAGAACCUGCGCUAGUAUUCCCCUUGCUCUCUGCUGAGGGUGGGGCAGAGGUACAGAACUCUGCCCCAGUGGUCCAGGCUGGGAUGUACCUGAGCUGCUUCUCCCGCCACCCCAUACCCCAAUUGUUGCCAAUUCAUGACCCUUGAUCUCAGUCUAGUCUCAGUGCCAUAGGUCUUGAGCCUCAGAGUUGGGGGGGAGAGAGGGUAAGGUUAUUUGAGGAGAGGGGGGAGGGAGGAAGGCCCACAAUACUCAGUUUCAAUAAAGUCCAUUGUUGGCUGAGCCUGUUCUGCCCACAUGGCACCAGCUGCCCACUGCCCUGUCUGUCUUCUGUGCGCCUCCAACUCUGUCUCCCUUUGUCUCGGCUGCCAAGUUGAAGAUUAUUUGUCUACUUUCUCAAAGCUGAGGCUCAUGGGGUGUCUUUAUCUCUGUGAUUCUGGUCCAUUUAACACAUGUCUCUUGUUUUUUAUUCUCUGAUUUGUGUGUGUCUUUGUCUCUGAUUUGUGUGUCCAUUUGUCUCUGUCUAACAGUGAAGAACUCUAGGCCCCUCUCAGAAUGGUGGGAUGUCUGGGAGGGCACCACAGAUUGGAGAAAGAGCCUCUGUCCAUAAAUUUCCCGUAGUGGCUUGGCAAAAGGUAAACUAAGGCAGGGGGAGAAGCCAAAGCCAGCAUUCAGCCUAGAUCCCCUCUCCCUUUCCUUCUAUGAUAGCAAAUGAGGCUAAUUCUGAGUGGAGUUGUCACUGUGGAAAGGGGAAGUGGCCCAGACAAAUCAACUUGUCUUCAUGAUAGAUGGGGGAGAGAAUAAAGGAGACUGCCCUGCCAUAAACUCAGCUCCCAUAAAGCCCGACAGACUCCAGAGCCUCAGCACAUAGGAGACAUCCUGACAGCCAGUCAUCAGAGGCAGCUGGUGGGCCAGUGGAUAGAGUGCAAAUUCAGCCUCAGAUACCGAUUAGCUUGGUGAGCCUGGGCAAGUCUUUUCACUCCUGCCUCAGUUUCCUUCCCUGUAAAAUAUAAUCAUCGCACCUACCACCCAGGGCUGUUGGGAGGAUCAAAGGAGAUUAACUAUGGCAAGCACUUGCACAAGAGCUUAACCUUUCCCCUCACUUGCCUACCCUGGUAUGACUGGCAGGGGAUUUCUCCUCUCCUGGGUUCUGAACUCCACUGCUGCUCCCACUGGGGCCCAGCCAGGCCGCCAGGGCAGUGACCACUGCUCCCACUGGGGCCCAGCCAGGCCGCCAGGGUGGUGAUCACUGCUCCCACUAGGGCCCAGCCAGGCCACCAGGGCAUUGAUCACUGCUCCCACUGGGGCCCAGCCAGGCCGCCAGGGCAGUGACCACUGCUCCCACUGGUGCCCAGCCAGGCCACUAGGGCAGCCACUCUCUGCUAUCCUUCCUGAGCAUCAGCAUCAAACUGGAAGACAGUUUGUCACAUCCCUCCCCGCCAACUCCUGACUCGGCCAUCUCCCACCUCUCCAUCAUUCAGUUUCCUUUCCCCCCUCCUUAAACUGUUCCCCAUUUGAGUCCAGCCUCAAGAGAGGCAUGAAGUCAGGAAGAUGAGGAACUGGAAACCAGGCCAUAUAAGAGAGUACUGAGGACAUUCAGCCCCCCUAGAGGAGAGGGGAACAGGGUGGAGCAGGUGGAGUGACUGGAUUGUUGCCUUCAAAUAUCUGAAGGAUCGGCCUUGUUCUACUUGGCCCCAAAUCCAGGUGGAGAAGUUAUGAGAGGCACAACUAAGAAAAAAAUGACCAAUUCUGGCCAUCUGUGGAGUGGAAUGCGCUUCCUCAAAAGGCGAUGAGCUUCCAGGACCUGAGUUCAAAUCUUGCCUCAGACAUUUAUUAGCUGGGUGACCCUGAGCAAUUCAGGAGCCCCCUCCCCUAAGGAACGUUACGGGACCACUUGGUGAGAUCCCUUCAAGGAACUUGAAACUUCCUUUCCCAGGCCAGGAGUCCUCUCCCCUCUGGACCUUGCCACCGUCCCAGCAUCUCAUUAACCCCAAAGCUUGCCCUGCCCAGCAGAGUCCCUGAGUCCUCCCCCCACUCUCAUUUCAGUCCCUCUGCAUCUCCUGUUUGUUUCAUUCACUGUCCCUGCUUCCCCUUAAUUCUUAUUGCCUCCCCUCCCCCACCCAACAGGUAGUGAACUUUUCUUUAGGGCAGAAGCUUUUCACUUUGUCCAUGUCGAACCUAUGUUCCCCUGGCGUAGUCUGGUGAAGCCUCUUGACUCCUUUUCAAAAUAUUUUUAAAAUGCAGUGAGAAACUCCUUGGCACCUCCCCCACCUUUUCUGCUUUUUGUUUGUGUUGUCUGCCCCUAUUGGACUGUAAGAUCCCUGUGGACGAGGACUUUCUUUCCAUUAUGUCUGGCACAUAGUAGGUGCUUAUUAGUUAUUAACUGUUCACUAUAUUUCUAGCAUCCAUAGAACAUGUAAUAUGUGAAGGGAUAAGGAAUAGAUUUAGCAACUGAUUGGAUGGGGGAGUAAGGCAGUAAUGCUGAGGGUCUGACCCUGGGGGAUGGUAGUGCCCUGGAUGGUUAGUAGAAGGUUGAGUUUCUGUUCCCAUUUCUUAUUUUUGCAGUCAGUGGGGUUAAGUGACUUGUUCAGGAUCACACAACUAGAAAGUGUCUGGGGUCAAAUUCGGAUCCUCCUGACGCCACACUGCACCAUCUGGCUGCUCCCAAGGGGUGAGUUUCAGGGAGUGGGAAGAAGUAGUGAAUUCUGUUUUGAAUAUAAUAUGUUGAUUUUGAGAUCUCUCAAGGCCAGGGGUCCUCAAAUUAUGGCCUGGGGCCAUAUGCAGCAGAUGAGGACUUUUAUCCCCCUCACCCAGGGCUAUGAAGUUUAUUUAAAGGCCCACAAAACAAAGUUUUUGUUUUUACUAUAGUCCGACCCUCCAACAGUCUGAGGACAGUGAACUGGCUCCCUCUUUAAAAAGUUUGAGGACCCCUGCUAGGCUGUUCAGUAGGGAGUUGGUGAUAUAGUCCUGGAGCUCAAGGGAGAGACUGAAAUGAGGUGUGUUUAGGGCUAGACUUAGAAUCAGAAAGAAAUGAGUUCGAAUUUUGCCGCAGACACUCACUAGCUGUGUAACUUUGGCCAAAUCAUUCACUUCUUUCUUAUUUGGUUUUCUCAUUUCUAAAAAGAGAAUAGCAAUAGCACCUACUUCACAGGAUUCCCAGAAGACUUAAAUAAGAUGACCUGUAGACAGGCAAUUAAGUGUAUGAUGAACAGAGUGCUGGAUGGAGCUGGAAGAGGACCAAAAAGAAUAAUGCCAUGAAAACUUAGGAGAGAGCACUCUGAAUAAGACUGCCACAUACAGCAGAGAGAAAAGGGCUGGAGACUGAGAAAAACCCCAUAAGAUUUAAUAUUUAAGGUAUUGAUCCCCAGCAAAGAUGAGAACAGUUCUCAAAAGACAAAAUUGCAAACUAUCAACAACCACUGAAAGACUGCUCAGAUCACUAAUCCCCAGAGCAAUGAAAAUCCAAAUAACCCUUCACAUUCAGAAAAUUGUGGAAAGAUGAUAAAAGAUAAUGAUUUUGGAGAAAUUGUGAAGACUAGCACACUGAUGGUCUGCUGGAGGAGCCAUAACUUGGUACAACUAUUCUGCAAAGCAAAUUGAAAUUAUUCAAGGAAAGUAACUAAAAUAUCCAGGCACUGACUUAGAGAUUCCUCUGCUAGGCAUAUGGAUCAGGGAAGUAACUGACAAAAAAAAAAGGUUCCAUGUGCACCAAAAUAUAGUAAUACUUUAGUAGAAUUCAGGGGCAGCUAGGUGGUACAAUGAAUAAAGCACUAGCCCCGAAAUUGGGAGGACCUGAGUUCAAAUCUGGUCUCAGACACUUAAUACUUUCUAGCUGUGAGACCUGGGCAAGUCACUUAAUUCCAAUUGCCUUAGCAAAAAAAAGGGGGGGGGGAUUGGAAAUAAAAUAGAUGCCCAUAUAUUGGCAACUAAAGAAACUGGCACAUGAACAUAAUGGAAUGUUAUUGUUCUGUAAGAAAUAAAGGAACAGGAGUGUGGAAAAACUUACAUGAACUGAUAAAUGUAAAGCAAGCAAUGCUAGGAAUACAAUAUAUGCAAUAACUAUAACUAUAAAUGUAAGAACAACCAUAAAACUAUUGAAAUGAAUGUUGUGAAAUUAUAAAAAGCAAGUUUAAAGAAGAGAUAUUAGAUGACACGUCCCCCUAAUGCUCUGAAGAGGUUCCAUGAGUAUAGAACAUUAUAUGCACUGUCAGAUAAUCAGUUUUGUCUAGUUCUGAAAGGGAUACACUGUGAUCUCCCAGUGUUGAAGUUUCAUUCUCUUAUUUCUUCUUGUAACUUGCUUAGCUUUCCCUUUCCCUUUUAGAUGAUAUUCCAGUCAUUGUAUACAUGCUAAGUAUUUAAACAAUUCAUUGAACUGAAUAAUUCAUUGAAGUCAUUCAUUCAUUCAUAUAGCAUCUUCCAAUAAAAUAUAGUUUCUCUGAUUA